AUGGGAGAGGUCUACGUUAACAACACAUCUCUGGACAUGAGCCAUGAUUACAACAACACCUCCAACGACCCUGAGGAUGAAAAAAUAAAAUUCAUCAAGUAUGUCAUGAUAUGCAUAAUCAGCUGUAUUGGAAUUCCUUUGACCCUCGUGGCCAUCUAUGCUCUUUAUUCUCUGGUGGGAAAGGAUCAUGUUGCUCCGAUCUACGUCAUCAACCUUCUCAUUUCCGACCUCAUUCAGUUCUGCUGCAUGAUCGGUCGUGUGGCAUCACAUGAGGACAAUACAGCUAGAAUUAUCAGUUCUAUCUACAACUCUAGUCUGUUUGCCAGUGUUUGCUUCAUGCUGUGCAUCUCCCUGGAAAGGUAUUUGGUCAUCGCCUGCCCACUGUGGUACCGCUUCAGACGAACCAUCAAGAUCUCUGUGGUUGUCUGUGUCCUGAUCUGGAUCAUUUCUCUUGCCAUUGGCUCCACUUUUGUAUUUGGGUAUUUUUCAAAAAUCCCAGUAACCAUCUUAGCCAUAUUUUUCCUCCUUCCCCUCCCACUGCUCAUAUUCUUCCUGGUUGGGACCCUUAAAGCCCUGUCUGCUUCCAUCUCAGUUCCUGCUGAUGAAAAACGUCGAAUUGUGGCAAUGUUGGUCCUGGUGCUGGUUAUUUACACGCUGCUGUUCCUGCCCAGAACCAUCAGGUUUCACAUAGUUGACAUGACCCUCUACAUCCUGUCUUAUGUGUUUAUUAAGUUGAGUCCUCUUGCAGACUUAGUUCUGUAUGUUUUCAUGAGGAAAGGGGCCAUAGACAAGCUUUUGAACUCUGUCUGUUGUUGCAGAAUGGACAGCAAUGAUGUCAGUGUGAAUGAUGACAACAUGUCCACAGUCAGCUUCAUGUAG